AUGAAACACCGGAUUGGAAACGCGGAGGAGAAGGGCGUGGACGAAGGGCACGUGCGAAAUAUGUCGACGAUGAGCGUCGUUUCGAACUCGUCCGUCGAGGUCGACUCGGAUUCCUCGAACGACGCGUCGAGCAAGGACGAUGGAGCCGGUGAGCAGAAGUUCAUCCUGCGUAACGAGCUGUACAACAGCCUUCUCGCGAGCGCCCUCGGGAAGACGGUGCUCAACAGGCACCUCAACUUCAAGGAGCAGGGGAUUAAUUUUAAUCUGGCCAAUCUGAAAGAUAAUCUGAACGCGCUCGGCGCCCUUAAGGAGCUCAAGGAUCUCAAGGGCUUGACCGUGAGCAGCGUCCCGGCUUUCCCGAGGAAUCUAGCUCUUCACAGGGAGGACCAUGACGAGAAAGCCUCUUUCGCGUGGUCAGAGGGUGGUGGCGAGGAGGGUGGUGGAGGCGGCGGAGGCGGCGGCGGAGGGGGUGGAGGAGGAGGAGGAGGAGGAGGAGGAGGUGGCGGCGGCGGAGGAGGCACGGCUGGAACCGGAACUGGGAACACGGGCCCAACAGCCAGCGGGGGCGGUGGAUUGGCCCAUUGGGUCAGCGUGAUGGCGGAGCACAUCCACAAUCCACACUCGGCCACCGGGGUGGGCGGUGUCCAUCAUCAGCAACAGUCACCCCCUCAACCACCCUAUCCGUGGAACAACGGCCUCUCCGGUGAUCAAUGCAACCCCCAUGACAAGGAGAGCGACUAUUGGGGCGGCGGACGGGGCGCGAAACAAGGUUACGAGCACUUUCUGUUGCAGGCGAAAAUGAACGCGGACCACGGCCAAUUGCAGAAAGGUGACGAGCAAUACCGAGGCGCUGGAGGAUCCAGCAGCGGAAGUCCUCCAGCGAGUCUGCUGGUGGUUCCUCAGCCUUUGACCGUGAAACCGUCUCACCCCUCUCACCUGAACCCCCACCUGGGUGGACCACACUCUCAUCCGCCGAGAAAGUACCAGUGCAAGAUGUGCCCACAGAUCUUCGGUAGCAAGGCGGACCUGCAGCUCCACACGCAGAUCCACAUGCGCGAGGCGAAGCCGUACAAAUGCACCCAGUGCUCGAAGGCGUUCGCGAACUCCUCGUACCUGUCCCAGCACACCAGGAUCCACCUGGGCAUCAAGCCGUACCGCUGCGAGAUUUGCCAGCGGAAGUUCACCCAACUGAGCCACCUACAGCAGCACAUCCGCACGCACACCGGUGACAAACCGUACAAGUGCCGGCAUCCAGGCUGCACCAAGGCGUUCAGCCAGCUGAGCAACUUGCAGAGCCACUCCCGCUGUCACCAGACCGACAAGCCGUACAAGUGUAACUCUUGCUACAAGUGCUUCUCCGACGAGCCCAGCUUGCUCGAGCACAUACCGAAGCACAAGGAAUCGAAGCACCUUAAGACGCACAUCUGCCAGUACUGCGGCAAGAGUUACACCCAGGAGACGUAUCUUGCGAAGCACAUGCAGAAACACGCGGAGAGGACGGACAAGAGACCUCCUAUAAUCGGGACGGGGCUGAGGCCGUCGAUCCACGCGAUGGCGGCCCAUCAUCAGGACCACUACUGGCCGAAAGUGAGCCCGGACUCGGUAAUCAGCGAUCUUCACGACCGGUUGCCCCAUCACCACACCGACUACCAUCAGAACCAGAACCCAGAGAUGCUGUUGCCCGGCCACGGCCACCGUGGCGAGUCGAUCGAGAACGAUUCCAGGCAACAGACCCCUCAACCGGGCGCCAAUCACCACCCGAACAGCAGUUCGGCGUUCACGCCGAUCUCCUCCAUCUCGAUAAACUCGAUCUCCUCCAUGCAACACCCGUUGAACCCUCUCAACCACCUGCACUACCCGGCCAGCCAUCACCCGGCCUCGAGGCCCUACCUCUACGAGGCGUUCAACUCGACGCAGAAAUCCUCCCCAGCGUCCUCGUCGUCCGGGGUCACGUCCGGCACAACCACCAAUCAGAACGCGACCUCGUUCCCCAAUCAAUUGAUCAGCCUCCACCAGAUCAGGAACUACGCGCAUCAACCUAACCUCGGCAACCUAGGCAAUUUAGGGAACCUAGGCAAUCUGAGCAAUCUCAGCAAUCUGAGCGCGACGAUGGAGAGCCACGCUCUCCUAGGCGGACUCAAGGAGAAGCAGUAACUCCGGCUGGUCUUGGAGAUUAGGAACAAAAAAAAAAAAAAAGAAAAAAAAGAAAAAAGAAGAAAAGAAAAGAAAAGAAAAAAAAAAGAAAAAAAUCUAUAUCGCUAUUUCUCCUCGAUUUCUUUUUUUCUUUAUCCGCGUACACUCGGUGUUCCAUGUUCAUCCCGCGUCCUUGUCGUCUCUCCUCCCCCCCCAGUUUUUCAAGAGAAAAACCUGCGCGAGGGGGGUAGCCAACUCGAACGACGCGUCUCACCUACGGCAAUUCUUUUUUUUUUUUUUUUUUUUUUUUUUUCUCAUCCGCCGAUAGAUCCGACGCGUCGAUCGAAUUCGCCGCUCCUAGUAGCCCGGUCUCUCUCUUCCCUCCACUUUUGUAAAAAGAUCCCGUAGAAAAUUCUGUGACCACUUUUUUUUUUUUUUUUUUUUUUAGAAAAAAUAACCUUGUUGUUGUACGAUGCGUACAAAAUCGUUCCUGUCUUUUCUUUCUCCGAGCUCGGGUGACCGAGGGUGGCCAAUCGCUCGAGGAUGAUCGUUAGAUUGAAAUUUUUACUUAGUUUUAAGUAAAGAAAUUAUUAAGAAAGGAUUUUUAUCGCGCGUUGUAUCCGUACACAUUCGUCAGUUGUACGUAUAAGAAGAUUUUCCAGGUUUUCCUAUUUCGAUAGGAAAUUUUCUUUUACGUUUUAAACGAUUAUCUUUUUCUUUUAUCGCUAACCACUUAGCCAAUCUCUUACCAGUUAGUCAAAAAAAAAAAAAAAACCUUCUCUUUUCCAAGAAGAAUUCUAAACAAACGAGAAUGAUCGAGGGGAAAAAACAAAAAAAAAAAAAGAAAAGAAAAGAAAAAAGAAAUCCUACAUCCUAUCGUUCCAUCCGGUGAAGUAUUAUUAAUCUUCUCGAAAAAGCAUUCGCGAGACGAAUGCAAAUCGGCGACUUUUAAUCGCUCCAAUGCGACCGUGCAUCCAUGCAUGAAGAACGAAUAUUAGAAAGUAACCCUGUUCGGCACGGUAUCGAUCACGGCUUCCCAUCGAUCCAUCGUGAAUCGGCAGGAUCGAUCGAGCCUCCCCAGUGUAACCGGCCGUUUAGCCUGAUUAACUUUCACGUUCGUGAAGUUAGAUAGAAAGUAGCUUGGAAAGAUAAUCGACGGGCGUGUUUCUCGAUGUCCUCGGCGAAUAGUCACCCAGACAUCCAGGGAUCCAUGCUGGCACAGAAAUCCUGACGCAUUUCCUAGUGAAACUAUUUUCGAGGGACGUCCCACCCGAGUUCCAACCAUCAGAACACUUUUCCUCCACCCUUCGAAAUUUCAUCCAUGAAAAGUCUCCUUGGGGUGCGAAUAUACAUAUAUAUAUAUAUAUAUAUUUCAGAGAGUAAAACUCUCGGGAAAGUUGAGAUUAUUUUUCGCAAGUAAGAAAAAUAAGUGCGCGGAGAGUGAUUUUGUUGCAAACGAUAAUUUUUAUUCUCGUCUUGGAAAAUUUCACUUGGCGAAAAAUAAUUCUCGCGAAAGCGACUCGCGCCCCAAGGAUGCGAUAACAAUAAUUUCCUUUCCAGGUAAUUCCUCCUGUAUUUUUUUUCUUUAUCUUUUUUCCACUUCUUUUUUUUUUCUUUCUGGUACUACUUGAUGACUCGGUGGUCCCAUCGACGAUCAUGCAAUCUGGUAUUAAUAGUUUUAACUCGAUUGGCGCGAUUAUCUGUCUCCUACGUAUAAUUUUCGUUUAUGAUUUUUUUUUUUUUUUUCUUCUGGCACGAGUUCGAGUGUUAAAGAUCCGUGGAAUUUUGAUUUAAAUUUUUCAUGGAUUUCGUUAUCACGACGAUUCGUAGUGGUAUUUUUGGUCUUUUAUCACUUUGGGGCAGGCGACUUUGUUGGUUAGCCUCGUUACACGUACGUGAUACGUGUGUAAAAUAUCUCCGUGAUACCACCGCUUUUUGACCCUUUUCCUCUAAAUUCCAUUACGAUGGAAUGCAUUGGAUUAUUGGUUUAAAUUACAAAGCUGUCAGUAUAACUUUAUUAUCUUCGUUGAAUUAUUAUUUCGAAAAGUUCUCUUUCAAAAUUCCAACUGGCCAACAGAACUAGGAAUCGCGAUCAUAAACAAACUACUAAAGAAUCACGCAAAUCAAUGAAUCAACGAGUUAGCAGCUCUCGAGAGCGACCAUGUUUCCAUGUUCCAUUAAAAAGAAAUUGAUUUAAAUUAUAAGGUCGUAAAGUUCCAAAGUUCCCUUGAUUGCCGGUGGAGGAACGAAAGAAAAGUGGGAGGGGGAAAUCUGUAUAACCGACGAGAAUCGAUGGGACCGCCGACAAUUCCGUUCUUUUCGCUUUUCUGCCUCCCAGGAGCAUCGUACGUAAGAGGGAAUAGCAAAGCCAGGAGAAAUCGUGUCGUGGAGUAGAGCUAUUUUCCAAGGGGUGGCUCACCCCCUGAAACCGGUGCAAGGGGGUGGGCAUACCUUUCUGGGUCGAGUGGACGUUUCGCUCGCAACGGGAUAAUUAACGAAGCGAAUGUGUGUAUGUGUGUCUGAGAAAGCCGGAAACUCUGCUGUGUGGUGUGUGGUGUAGAUGUAUGUGUGUGUGUAUGCAUGUGUGUAUGUGUCUAUAUGUACGCGUGUCUGUGUAUAUGUAUGUAUGAGCGGGUGGAAGAGGGGUAAAAAAAAAGAAAAAAGAGGGAGAGAAGAAAAUGGGAGUCUAAGCAUCACACGCACUUUUUAAAAAAAUAAAUAAAUAAAUAAAUAAAUAAAUAAAAUAGGAGUUACACGCGUACACACAUGAGGGCACAAAUCGUGUGAAUACCUUUGAGGGCGAAAGGAGAAGAGGAGUGUAUCAGAGAGAGAAAGAGAAAGGGUGCAAGAGAGGGUGCAAGAGAGAAAGAGAGAGAGAGAGAGAGACUUAGAAUAGAAUUGACGACAGUGCCACGAAAUAAUUAAAUGCGAAAGUAACGGAGAUAAUAGAGAAUAUAAAAAAAAAGAGAAAGGGAACGAGGAGUGUGAGAGAGAGAGAGAGAAAGAGAGAAAGAAAAGAAAGAUUGAAAAUGCGAGCAACUACACAGGCGCACAGAGAAAGAAAGAAAUAAGGAGAGAGAGAGAGAGAGAGAGAGAGAAAAAGAGAGAAAGAGAAAACGGUACGGAGAACCUCCUUGUAUAUAGUUAUUAUAUAAAUAUAUAAAUAUAUAUAUAUAUAUAUAAAUAAAUGAAUAAAUAAAUAUUAUAUAUUA